CAUGAUCGUUCACACUUGAUGUUUUGUUCUUUGUUUGCAGUUUUUGUUAUGAUAAAAAUCUACAUUUACUCUUGUCUUCUUUCAGCUCUGACUCUUGCGGAGAUGCAGACUCUCAACGUAUUUGGUCAUGUUGGAAAACGUGUGUCAUUCGUUUGCUCAGACUGGAACACUUGGACCAAUGUAAAAUCUAAUGUUAAGUAUCUUUGUAUAAGUCCAUGUACAGCAGACAAACACAUCAUCAUCAAAGCAGAAUCUGGAAGGACUAAACGCAAAGACAGAAUAGAGUUAAUUAACAGAGGACAAGAUUUGUUUGUUAGCAUAACUCAUCUCCAAAUGUCAGACUCCAAAAAAUAUUUCUGUGGAGUGGAGAGAACUGGCCCUGAUUUACUUAGAGAGGUAAAUCUUAAAGUUACAGAUGGUCCCAGAACAACUGUUAAAACAGUCACUGUUGACUCUACUGUGUCAUUUACUGAUAUGAGCAGCUCGACUAUGUCUUCAGGCAGCUCAGAUAUUCUUACUGAUACGUUUGUGUCAUACACCACCCUUAGUAGAACAACACUAGCUACAACAACAGCACCUGGAAGUGUACCAUAUUUGAUAAUAGGUUUCACUGUCAUGAUAAUCAUACUGAUGGCCCUACUGAAGAUUAUGAUGAAGAUGAAGAAACAAGAAAUGUCAGGUGCUGACUGGCCACAGGAAGAAACAGGGGGGUAAGUGUUUUUUUUUUUUCUUUGCCCUUUCUGAAACCAUGUGGAGGGCUAUUUCUGUUCUAUCACAGCAGCUUGAAGUUCUUACAAAUACAUCCCUCCAACUUGUGUAAGGCUCAGGCAUUGAGAUUUAUGUGUCCUGCAUACAAAGCAUGAAAUAAUGUGAGUAGAUGUGCAAAAGACAUGAGAGGACCAUGUCUGUUCUCAGUUUUGAUAUUGAUAUUCCAGCAGCAUUAUACACUACAGCUUAUUCUGUAAUUUUGUGUUAUUUUCACUUUGCCAUUUCAAAGCAAAUUUACAGCAACAAACUUUAAAAUUACUAACUGUAUUGUACAAUUCACAAUAUUCGGCUUCAUCACCAUGGUGAUGACACACAGUUGUAUCCUUCUAUUGAUCUCAACACAACUCCAUCUUGAUAACCCAAACAACUAUAUCCCUGACAUUCAAACCUGGAUGUCACUAAAGUGAGGACAGAUAAAUUCAGACACAUGAGGAGUUAUCGCUAUUGAUCCAGACACUGCAGAUACAGAGGUCAGAAUAAACCAUGUCUCCCUGUCUAAAUUAUCACUUCAGAAAUAGCAGAAAUCUUGGCAUCAUCUUCAAUAACAAGAUGAUAUCAACAGUGUGUAAUUAGGGUAACAGACGGUGCCUUUACUUUGAAGGCUCUGAAGCUCAGGAGUUACCUCCUGAAGAGAUCAGACUCACACCUUCAAAAACAAGUUUAAAGUUGUCCUCAAUUUAAUGCGUGUGGGUGUGUGUGUGUGUUUGUCUAUAUUUUUUGGUUUAAAUCUGUGUUUUCGAUCUUUCUCACAACUGUAUUUUCUCAUUUUCAAGGAUGUGGAGUAUGAUGAAAUCAGAACUGAAGACUUCCAAACUGAGAGCCCACUUGUAGCUGUCACUACUGUCCACUUCUCUCCCGAUACUGAUCCUGACAGUCUCUAUGCUAAUUGUUCCUACCACCAAGACACUGAAUUAGCAGCUGAGUGGGGCAAGUAUUCAAAAGAUAUUUCUUUAAACUCAUCUUACAGUUCUGAGGUCAAUCCCAGAGGGGCAUGUGGAGAGAGCAGUUUCACAGAUCCUCAGAGUGACUUGGUGUACUCUGUUGCUCAGCUACCCAAACAGCCAACUGAACCCACUGCAAACUCUGAACUAAAUCAAUAUGAAAGCAUUGAAAAUGACUCUGUCUAUUUCCUAGCUCAGAAAUCACAGGUAACCUGAAAGUGGCUACUGUGAUCAAAAGAGAUUUAAAAAAAAGGGAACUUUUUCUAUCAACUAUGAUUUGUUCAAAUGUAAAUAUAAUGAUAUAAUGUAUAUAAAAUUAAAUAAUAAUCACAUAUGAAUUCCAAACAUCACAAAUAAAUACCUAAUAAAAAAACCCAACAUUUACCAUAACUCAAACCCAAUUAUAACCUUUAACUUUAAAUAAAGUCUUAUCCUUCAAACAGUCCUUUGAAGUAGUGAGGACUGCCCAAAAUGUCUUCACUAUGCAGACAUUUUCUCACCCUGGUUUUCAAACUCAAAUUGAUUUUCACAAAGAUAGCAAUUUAAGUUUACACACACAAGAAAAAUAAUUUUGACAGAUGAUGGGUCAACAGGAAAUUGAUGUGGUCCAAUGUUGCGGUGUAACUGACCUUGUUAUCUUUGAUGUAGCAGCUAUGAUACUUCCUCUAGAUCUGAACACACUGAAGAGGAUUCACUUACCAAAAACCUGUUCCUGAACCCAAACCAAAACCUGUUCAAGUUUAAAGUUAUUUAUGUCUUUUUAUGAACUUUUACGUGAGUUGGCCUUUUAGUAAACUGGUGUCCUUUUAUUUGACCAUUUACUACAUUCUGAUACGGUAUAUUUAUUUUAGCAAGUUCACUUUGAGAAAUGGAACUUUGUAUUAUGUGACGCUGGCCAGGUGUUGUGCUCUAUUAAUGUUAACUAAUUUGUUAAUUCACAGGAUCUUGCAUUAAUGUCAAUAUUACCCAUGGGAUAAUUAAAAGUAGUACUUUGUAUUUAAUACCUCUGUAUGAAGUGUGAUAUGCAAACACUUAUUACAUAACUGAUUCAUAGAAUUGUGAGGUUUAUUUUUGUAUUGGAUUAAAAUUUUGUUUUAGUGUAACUUUG